AUGCGAGGGCGGGCGGUUGCCAUCAAUAUGCCCUUGUGCAGCGAUGAUUGCUAUGUUCAAAUCAACAUUUACGGUACGAGCCUCGAAGGACUUCGUGAAGAAGGAGUUGACGUCAAGCAUAUUCUCGAGCAUAUUGGUCAUCGCUCGAUUGUUAUGGACGUGCCCAUUGUUUCGUCAUCUAAAGGAUUCCGUGGUCAUUCCAGCAAUGGGAAUGAUGAAGAGCACGAUAAAGUCGUUAAAGUUACAGUAAAAUCUGAAUCUGUCGAAGCAGUUGCAUCAAUCACUUCUUCUGGAAAUAGAUCUAUUGACGAAGAGAAAAGAACUGACAAAAAUGGAGGUUCUUUUGAAAAUUUCAUACUUGGUCGUCCUUGCGAUGGAUCUCAUGCAGUUGCUCAUCUGAGUAAGGAUCGCUCACUGUCAAUUAGAGAGACGCUAGCAAGUUAUCCUAAAAGCAGUGAUACAGCUCAAUCAGGAACUAGUCAGAAUGUAGAUGAAGAAACCUUGUUCCAAGACUGCAUAGAUGAUUUUGACGAGGUCAAAAGACACUCAAUCUCGCCCAUAGAUCCAUCUGGACAGAUAUCGGAAGCUGUUGAGGUCUCCACUGCCAUGUUGGAAGAUGAAAAUGAUUCACCACCUUGUACGACUCGAAAAACUACUAAUGCCCAAGGAGAUCUUAUGCCGGGCUACGCUAAUGAGGGAAAUACCGCUCAAACAAAUCCAUUUGCUACCACUACUCAUGCCAUGGAAAUAGAAAACCCUGACGAUAAUGACGAAACCUUGGUCGCAAAUCUUCCCCUUUCGCAUCAUAUUCGGCGAAUAAUUGAAUCAAACAGUGAGGAUGUGGAGUCUGUUUUAAAUACUGCAAUGAUAUGCUAUGAAAUCGAAGAUGACCCAGAAAGAGCUCACUAUUUGCAUACGAGUGACUCUAGACCUACGCACGGUUCAAGGAAAAGAGCAUUCGAUGAAGCCAAUUUGGCUAAGGAUUUUCCUAUGCAAGAAGCAGUAGUAGCUACAUGUGGUACUCAUGAUGAUGGCCAUUCCCAAGAUGAAUGUCAGAGCAGUUUAAUUAGGGAAACAGGUUCCCUAAGCAUAACUGUAGAUUCACCCCCUUCAAAUGUGCAGGACCUAAAUAAUCAAAUGGCUGCAGCUGUCAGCUCAUCAUGUCUGUCGCCAAAGAUGGCAGUUGGCUUCCAAUUUGAUCACUUGAAUAAUGCUGAAAAUUCAACAGCUGAAUCCAUUGCACUUUCCGAAGAACCCAACUACAAACGUGCGCAUCUUCUGACGGAUGGCAUCGAUCAGUGCAAGUUUAAAGAACAGGAUAACCGCUCUUCCGAGGGUUGCGGUAAAGAGUUGGUGUAUCGACGUCGUUAUGGGAAACUUCGUUUACUCGAUCACGUUCGCACUCACUUCAGUAAAGCUGUCAAGUUAUGCAAAGUCUGUGACUACAAAGCACCUUGUCCGAGAAGCGUCUACCGUCAUCAUAAAGUUAAGCAUGGAGAUCUGCCAUAUACAGGACCAGCAUCUGCAGAGACCAAGAACGACAUGGAGCAACUUCUUCAACUUUAUAAGCAGUGUUUUCCAGAUGAUCGAGUCAACGACACGGAUCCUCCGACGGGCCAUCGUGGAGUUGUCAAAAACUAUCCGACCCUCGAAGAAGUAGAACGAUCAGAAACGUCAUCAUCAAUCGAAGUCUCUGAACAAUCUCCUUUAGAAGCACCCAAAGCAUUUAGUGACAUGAUAUUCGAUGAUAUUCUCUGUGAAUGCAGCGAAAUCUGCGAUGGUUUGGAGGGCAUCGGAUCUGGAUGGUCUUGCACGACUGAUCUCAAUGGAAUUCCUGUAAUGAACGAAGCUGAGGGGAGGUCGAACAUAAUUGGGAAAGAAAGUCCUAAAAUCUAUACCGAACUGCAAGCACCAACGCACGCUUCUCUUCCUCCUAAUAGAGAUAGUGUAGUGGAUGGAGGUCACAGUAGUUGGAUCUUCACUGUUCCCAGAGAAGAUUACCACCUAGAAGCAGGUUCUGAGGAGAUUCCGAAGUUUAAUGAUGAUCCUAAUGAUUACAACUGUGGCUUGGAUCCAGACAAGACGACUCCGAGUUCAGAAAAAAUGAAAGAUAGUCUUCGUAGAAGUCGUACUCAACAAGUACUGGAGGAUUCAGAAAAACUCAACUGUAAGCGUCAAGAAAACGAUGGUUCUACUUCGGCAAGAAGCGACAACAAACUGAAGUCCUUGCUUAAGGCUGGAGAAUUGUCCACCACCUUUGAGUGUCGUUUGCUGGGUUGUGCACGUAAACUAAAGUGGUACCCACGGAUGGGUAGAAAUCGUUUAGUUGAUCAUGUACGAACACAUUGGAAAAGGAAUGUCAAGAAGUGCAAACUAUGCGACUACAAAUCGGAUGCUCUGAGAAACGUACAUCGUCAUCACAUGAGUGAACAUACUGACAAACCGUUCAUGGGAGUCAUCUCGUGCGAGACUGAGGAUGAUUUGAAGGACCUACAACGUUUGUACGUUCAAUGUUUCCCUGGUGUGUUUUCAAAAAUCUUUCAAGUGUAA